AUGCCAUCGAUGCUACGGUUGUCAUCAUGUGAUGUGCGUUUCAUGGUUUGGUGCCUGAUAUUAAUUAUGCUACUCGGUUUGGGUUUUCGUCACUUUUCACAUCCUCUGCUACGCCACUCUUCGCUGUCUGGCAUCCUACCAUUAGGUCCACAACAAGCAGUUACACCACAACUUGUAACUGAGUCACCUCUCAUCCGCCUCUAUCUUGAUGUUGUUCGUGAUACGGUAUGUGGUCUCAGCCUUCGCACUCAAGAAGGAACGAUUGACAGUGAUACGAAAAAUAAACGUCCAGUGAGAGUUCAUGAGCGUGUAGCAGGUCGCGAUCGACCUCUUAUUGGUAUCACUAUGAUCGGACAGCGACGUCUUGAUAAUAUCGAAUGGGCUUUGAGACGCGUUAUUUCCAACAAAAUACCUGGCGACUUCAUCGAAUGUGGUGUGUGGCGAGGUGGUGCUUCAGUCUAUGCUCGAGCCGUGCUCAAAGCACUUGAAGUUACCGAUCGACAUGUGUGGGUAGUCGAUUCAUUUCAAGGUUUGCCAAAAGCGAGAACAAAUAAUGACGAUAACAGUUGGUACAAAAUGGAAUAUCUUAAAGUGCGUGUUUUAAAAUCAGCUACCACUUGUACUCUGCUAUCUCAAUUUAUUGCUUUAGGUAUCUCUGGAAGAAGUUCAAACCAAUUUUUUUGCGUUCGGUCUCCUCGAUAG